CUUGCACUCCGAUAGUGAUUGAGCUGUUGUAUGACCUCACAAUCAGGCCAGUUAUUUUGGGACUUCCAUGUCCAAUCCGUUCCUAGAUUCCACGUCAAAAUCUGGCUAUGGCGAGAUCACACUUGCAGCUCUGUUGCCGAACACGCCGCGCCUCAAGACAUGCUCUUAUCAAUAUCCGUUGAAACUAGUCGCCCCUGAGCCAUUGCACGCAGAAGAUGGGACGUUGGUGCAUACAGUCUAUUUACUAUCUUAUGGCGGAGGGUUAGUGGCCGGAGACGCAAUUAAUCUAAAAAUCAACCUAGACCCAAACGUCCGCUUGAUUGUACUCACGCAAGGCUCCACCAAAAUUUUCAAAUCACCGGAGCCCAAGAUCAUCACACGACAGCGACUGGACGUGAAUUUAAUGAGAGGAAGUUCUUUGUGCUAUCUCCCCGACCCCGUUCAGCCAUUUGCUCAGAGCGCCUUCGAGCAAACCCAGGUUUAUUAUAUGCCCGCAUUAAACCAGACAAACCUUUGUUUCUGCGACUGGGUAUGCCGUGGACGCGCUGCCAGAGGGGAGAACUGGAAUGUCUGGAGGUAUACGAGCAAGAAUGAGGUUUGGCUGAAGCCUGAAGAUGGGGAACGACAGCGCCUUCUCUUGCGUGACAACAUUCUUCUCGAGGAUGGCGCGGCCAAUGGAUCUUUCGCAGAUCGAUUAGAUCAAAUGGGCGCAUUUGGUAGCCUGAUUAUCUACGGGCCUAUCUUUGAGGCCCUCAGCGAGUUCUUUAUGCGGGAGUUCGAGGCGAUUCCUAGAAUCGGGGCUCGAAACUGGGAUGGCGAAAAGCAAGAUGAUGAGCUGAACGAGAGAAAGCAGAGGGAAUCUCGGGAAAAGAAAGAUGCGCUUUUGUGGACUGCUGCGCGGAUUCGAGGCUUUGUACUGGUCAAAUUUGGUGCGAGGGAAGUAGAAGGCGUGAAAAGGUGGCUGCACUCGAUGUUGAGGACAGAAGGCAGCGUAGAGAAAUUAUUUGGCGAGCGGGCAUUGCUUUGCUUGCGAUCUUGAUUGCAGGCAUGAACUACUCCAUGCGUGAUCCGAGCUGUAGAAAAAGAAGCAAGUUCCGUGUUAUAUGGUAAAACUGAUGGUUAGAAUAAUCUCUGUUUUGAUUGUCAUGAUGUAGAAGACUUUAUUGCUCUUACUCCUGCCCUUGUGCAUCGUUGGAUUCAUUCGUGUUGAAUGAAAAGGG